CUCUCUCCACACAGAAGCAAAAAAAUAAAAAGAGUUUCACGUUGUAUUUCUCUUAAUUCCCCUCGAUUUCUCAGGAAAUCACCAAGCUCAUUCACAUUAAUCUUUCUUAUUUAGGAAAGAAAGAUCCAUUUUUUUCGGUUCGUUCUCUCCCUCUGGGUUACGAAUCAAGAAGCUAGAGAGACACUUUGCUUCCUGUCUUCACCAAUUUCAAAAACAGACCCAAAUUAAUACUUGAUAGAGGGUUUGUUUUUUCCAUUACAAAAGUUGUUGUUUCUUCAAUCUGUGUGGAUGAAAGGUAACCAGAAAGACUCGUCGGAGAAACCGACAUGGGAUCGAACCUCGUCGAGUACUACUUCCAUACCCGGAAUGCUGUCGGUAACCCGACCCGGUCCAAAACUAAUGGUCUGUCUCAUCUGCUUCAUUGUCUUCACUUACAUUAUCUACAUGCUUAAGCUCGUCUCCACCUCACGCACCUGCGACGAUUCCGUUACCUUCACCACCGUCUCCGCCCUCUCCACCAACGUCUCCAACGUCUCUUCCUCUCUCAUAAAGGUAGCUUCACGGCGCCGCCGCGAGGAGGAGGAGGUUAAGGUAGACGCGGCAGACGAGCCGACCGAUCUCAACCACGUGGUGUUCGGGAUCGCCGCGUCGGCGAAGCUGUGGAAACAGAGGAAAGAGUAUAUCAAGAUCUGGUACAAACCGAAACACAUGCGCGGUUACGUUUGGUUAGACAAAGAGGUGAAGAAGAACAUUAGUAGAAGCAACGAAGAAGACGACGACGAUCUACUUCCACCGAUAAAAAUCUCCGCCGGGACAGCGUAUUUCCCUUACACGAACAAACAAGGGCAACGCUCGGCGCUGCGGAUCUCGAGGAUCGUGUCGGAGAUGCUGCGUUUGGGUCUGAAGAACGUGAGGUGGUUCGUGAUGGGCGAUGACGACACGGUGUUCGUAACGGAUAAUCUCAUAAGGGUGUUGAGGAAGUACGACCACGAGCAGAUGUAUUACAUCGGGAGCUUGUCGGAGUCUCAUCUACAGAACAUAUUUUUCUCGUACAGUAUGGCUUACGGUGGAGGAGGGUUUGCGAUUAGCUACCCGUUGGCUAAGGCAUUGAGUAAGAUGCAGGAUCGGUGUAUACAGAGGUAUCCAGCGUUGUAUGGUUCUGACGAUCGCAUGCAAGCUUGUAUGGCUGAACUCGGUGUUCCACUCACUAAAGAAAUCGGCUUUCACCAGUACGACGUUUACGGGAACCUCUUCGGCCUCCUCGCCGCGCACCCAGUAACACCGUUCGUAUCAAUGCACCACCUCGACGUGGUGGAACCGAUCUUCCCAAACAUGACCAGAGUCCGUGCCCUCAAGAAGCUAACCGUACCGAUGAAGCUCGACUCAGCUGGGCUUCUCCAGCAGUCUAUAUGCUACGACAAGCACAAGAGUUGGUCCAUCUCGGUCUCGUGGGGCUAUGCAGUCCAAAUAUUCCGCGGAAUAUUCUCUCCUAGAGAAAUGGAAAUGCCUUCGAGGACGUUCUUGAAUUGGUACAAAAGAGCGGAUUACACCGCGUACGCGUUUAACACCAGGCCGGUUAGCCGUAACCCGUGUCAGAAACCGUUCGUGUUCUACAUGUCGUCCACGAGAUUCGAUAAGCAGCUGAAUACUACUGUUAGCGAAUACACGAGACACCGUGUUCCUCAUCCUUCGUGUCGGUGGAAGAUGACGAAUCCAGCUGAGAUUAAUACCAUCGUAGUCUACAAGAAACCAGACCCGCAUCUAUGGGAAAGGUCACCGAGGAGGAACUGUUGCAGAGUAUUACAAACAAAGAGGAAUAAUACGUUAUGGAUCAAUGUUGGUGUAUGUAGAGAAGCUGAAGUCACUGAACUUAAGUAACUUCUUAUAUAGUUUAUUUUUAUUUGCUUGUAUUGAUUUUAUUUUUUGAAAGGGAAGGAAAAUUAGUUUUUAGGCUGCUUUACCCCCUCGUAAUUUCUUGCCACGUUAUUUAACAUUGUAAUCAUUGAAAUCCCGUCGUAGUUAUUCUCUUA